GGUCCGCCCGCCUCAUCAUCAACCAUUUCCUGGUGUCGUGCGGCGCCGAGUUCUGGUACCGUACUUAACCCGCCCGUACGUAAUCAGCGCCUCAGCGUGAGACCGCCGGACAGACGCCAUAUACACCGACGCGCCCCCACACUAACGCACUCGUUAGUCGCUGUCGUCUGGCCGUCGCCGCCAUAGUCCGAUUGUGUGUUCUGUACGACGCGAUCGUUGUUGGGCUCAGUUACUCAUCAUUCGCCGACACUAUGGACAACGGCCAUGAACGCGUCCCGCCGAACGACUCGCCCGCACGGUGCGACAACGAUGUCGGCGUUGAAGACGAUGUGCACGUCGUAAACGAUGGCGGCAACGACAACGCGGUCGACGUCGCAAACGCAGUGGACGUCGAAGACGACGGCGGCAACGACAACGCAGUCGACGUCGCAAACGAUGGCGGUAACGCCGACGAAGUCGUCGGCAACGACCACACCGCCGAAACCACCGCUAUUAUUCCAUCUCCUAGUCAUAAACCUGUUAUACCUUCUCAAAGUUCUAAAAACAUCACAAAAUCACCAGAGUCUACCAUUCCUAUCUGUGAUAUGAAAAUUUAUGAAAAUCGUCUGAAGACUUUUAAAAAAUGGCCAUUAAAAUUUAUUACACCCGAUAAAUUGGCCAGGGCUGGAUUUUAUUAUACAGGUAUUCAAGAUAAAGUGAAAUGUUUAUACUGCCCGAUUGAAAUUGAAUACUGGGGAAAAGAUGACGAUCCGUAUAUUGAACAUAAAUUAAUAUCUCCACAAUGUCAAUAUUUUAAAGAAAAACAAGAAUUUAAUUUGUGUGAACAUAAAUCUGAUGUUAUGACUGCAUAUGUUCAGAAUUUCUUAUGUUCUGUUGGUAUUAUGACAGAAACAAGUAUGAGAGUUCACUUUAAUUAUAAAGCUUUGACCUCUUUGGAAUCUCGUUUGAAGACAUUUGGUACAUUCACAAAAAAACUAAACCAUGAUGUUUUAACUUUUUGUAAAGCUGGAUUGUUCUACUUAGGUGAAAAAGAUAGGAUGAUAUGUUUCUGCUGUAAUCAAGGUCUGAUGGAUUGGGAAAUUGAUGAUGAUCCUUGGGUUGAACAUGCACGUUGGUCACCACUUUGCAGUUAUGUUCUUUUAAGCAAGGGCAAGCGUUUUGUGGAAGAGGUUGGUGGUGAAGUAAACUAUAGUUUACAAAUGAAUAUGGAGGAAUUGAAUAAGUUAUUUACAAUUCACAGACAUCUAGCUGUUGACAGUGAUACAAUGAGGAAUUUGGAAACAUCAGUGGAAAGUAAUACGUUCUCAGACUUUGUAGAACCUGUGACUAUUAUACGUGUAAAUCUACAGGAACCACCAAUACCUGAUUCAGUCUUGUGCAAAAUUUGCUUUAAAGAAAAAUUGGAAGUUCUUUUCAUGCCUUGUCGUCACGUUAUUGCAUGUAUCCAAUGUGCAGUCACGCUUGAACUGUGUGCUAUAUGCAGACAGCCAUUUACUAUGACUAUGAGAGUUGGCAUUUACGUUACUAACCUAAAACAAUUCAGUCAAGAAUAUUUUGGGUCAGAGAAUGCAAAUGAACUAAUUGAUCCAGUUCUUUGUAAGAUUUGUUGCAAAGAACAAAUGCAAGCUGUAUUUUUACCGUGUAGACACAUAUCUACUUGUUAUACAUGUGCCUCAAAAGUAAAACAAUGUUUAGUUUGUUUUGAACCAGUUUUUGCAUAUAUGCAAAUAUUCAUAUAGCAUUUAUAAAUGAUGAACUGAUUUACAACUAAAAUUAAAAUAUCAAAACAGUUAAAUAUACCAAUAUGAAUUAUAAUUUUUUUUUUUUUAUGUUCAGUUUAAUAUUAGUUUGUUAAUCAUUUAUUAAGAAUUUAUAACUGUAAGAAUCAAGUUAGAAUUAAGUGAAUGGAACAAUAUUGUCGUAUUUGACUGAUUACUUGUCUAAUGUUGCAUUCAUAUUUGAUUAGAUUAAACCACUCAUAAAUUUUUUUACCACCCUUAUUUAUUAUUGUAUAAAUAUACUGUCAUUGAUAAUAUAAUUUACAUUACUUGUAUUAUUAUUAAAAAAUUUGCUUUAACUUCAAUACGAAUAAAGUAACACCUUGGAUACUGUCCAAUUUAUUGAAAAGAAUAUAAGUAAAUAUAAUAUUAAGUUGAAAUUGUCUAUUUAAGUGUUACUCCCAAAAAUGUACACAAUGAUACAAAAUAGUUAUCUUAUUAUUUUCUUGUACUCUACCUUACUUAUCUUUAUAUUAAAUGCCAAUUUUUAUUGAUUCUUGUGAUUCCAAACAUCAGUACUACUGUUCUAUCAAGUAUUAAUAAUUAAGUUCAUUAAUUUAUAUUGAUAUUUUAUUUUAUUACCUUUUUUAUAUUUAAGUAUAUAUAAUUUAAGACUGUAAUAUUAUUGUAUUGCCAAUCUUAUUUAUUUUUAUUCCUAAUGAUAAGUUUUAUAUUGCAUAUUAAUUUCAAGAUAACAUAAAUAAAUAUCUUAGAUAUAUAUAAUAUAUACUAUCAUUGUUUAGAAAAUAUUUCUUAAUGGCUACCACAUUGUUUUAAUGUCAGUUUAAAAAUUAGCUUCUAUAUUAUACCAUCAACAGUUUUACAUAUUAUUGACUUUUAGUAGAGCCUGGAACUUGAUCACCUGAACGUUACAAAAACAAACAAGAACUAUUUAAAAAUCUAUGAAAAAAAAAAAAAUAGAAAAAAUUAAAAAAAUUAGGUUGAGAAAUAAUACAUUUUUUUUAAAUAUCAACUUUUAUUUCAAUAAAACUAUAAUAUAGCUAUAAUGCUAUAUGUUGGAAAUUAUAUUGUGGAGUAGUCAUGCAACGAAGUGAAAAAAUAAAAUAUCAUGAAGUAUUACAAAUAUAAAAUUAAAAAAAUUAUUUCUCGAUCACUUUUUGUAUGAUGACAACAGAUCAAUGAACAAAACUGGGCUACCACAUAGGCAAGGUUUUAAUUUAAUUUUUUUUACCUAGUUUUGAGUUAUUGUUUUAUAGAAUAAGAACCUAUCAUUUCUAAUUUGAAAAAAUAAAAUGAUGUAUAUCGUUAAGUAAACUGUAAA